UUAUUUAUCCGUGCUCUCUCCGUUUCAUUAAAAUAUUAAUAUGAAGCUUGGACUAUAUAGUCUGUUUAUAGACAUGGCAACAUAAGUCUACCCAGACAGAUAGGACAAUUAUUGCUAGUAGCUCCAGCAUUUUUGAUUUUCAGGCCACAGAGAAGUCAUGCUCUUCACAUCUCAAAUUUACUCAUUCUGUGCAGCAGUACUACUCAUGUCCUUUCUCUUCUUUGUAGCUUCAGCUCAGACCUUGCCCAAUGAUGAAGUGGAAGCUUUACAGGAAAUAGCAACAAGACUGGGGAAAACAGACUGGAAAUUUGGAGCUGAUUCGUGUAAUACCACAGGCUCCGGAGGAAAUAACAGCAUUACUUGUGAUUGCCACAACACUGUCUGCCAUGUUGUUGCCAUCUGAGUGCAGAACGUUCAAGAGGCAAAAUCUUGCAGGGAAGCUUCCGUCGUCAGAGUUACUUAGACUCCCUUCCCUACAGAGUUUAGACUUGAGUCGUAAUUACCUUAACGGUUCCCUUCCUCCGGAAUGGGGUUUGUCGCGGCUAACAAAUAUAACACUCCUCGGGAAUCGCUUGACGGGUACAAUUCCGAAAGAAUUUGGAAACAUCACCACUCUUUUAGAAUUACUUUUAGAUCACAAUCAGCUGUCAGGACCUGUUCCUCCAGAGAUUGGGAAUCUCCCUGCUAUAGAGAGAAUAACUCUUUCUUCAAACGAUCUCAACGGGGAGUUGCCUCCAACCUUUGCAAACUUGACUACUUUGAAGGACUUCCGAAUUGCUGAUACCAACUUCACUGGGAAGAUACCCAAAUUCAUAGAGAAGUGGAUCAAUGUUAAAAUACUGAUAAUACAGGGUACCCGUUUGAAUGGGCCAAUACCUUCUGGCAUUGCUCAACUGACUGAUUUAUUUGAUUUGAGAAUCAGCGACUUGAAUGGAACCGAACAAACUUUUCCACCCCUUCGUGGCAUGAAAAGCAUUAAGAGACUGGUAUUAAGGAACUGCAAUAUUAUCGGACAAUUACCAGAGUAUCUUGUUGAUAUGAAAAAUUUGACAACCUUAGAUCUUAGCUUUAACAAAAUAAGUGGAGAAAUACCAAUUAGUUUUGCUGGUGGUCUAUCCAAUACCGAGCAAAUAUAUUUAACUGGAAACAUGCUAUCUGGAUCAGAUCCUGAAAAUAGAAUGCCAAAAGGGCAAAACAACAUUGAUCUCUCAUACAACAAUUUUACCCCAGCUACCUUCUGUCAGCAAAAUGACAUAAACUUGUUUGCAAGCUCUUCCACGCGAAAUAUUUCUGGAAUAGUUUCAUGCUUGGCAAACCCCCCUUGCCAACAAAAUUUGUAUUCCAUCCACAUAAAUUGCGGUGGAAGAGAGGUAAUUGGGGACCAAGGUUCAAAAUAUGAAGCUGAUAUAGCAGGUGGACUGGCAAGUUUCUCUCGCAGUGGAGCUAACUGGGGAACUAGCAAUACUGGUCACUUUAUGGAUGAUAGCAACAGAAAAUUUAUUUCCACAAAUAUUUCAAGGCUAUAUAUGGACCGUCCCGAACUGUACAUGGAUGCCCGAGUUUCUCCUAUUUCGCUGACUUAUUAUGGUUUCUGUCUUUCUAAUGGAAACUACACAGUAAAGCUUCACUUUGCAGAGAUAAUGUUCACUGAUGAUAAAACUUAUAACAGCCUUGGAAGACGCAUAUUUGAUGUUUACAUUCAGGGAAGAUUGGUACUGAAAGAUUUUAAUAUUGCACUUGAAGCAGGCGGAGUUGGAAAGGGAAUUGUAAAGAGUUUUCCUGUUACUCUACGCACUGGCGAUUUGGAGAUCCGACUGUAUUGGGCUGGAAAAGGGACAACAAGUAUACCUGAAAAAGGUGUAUAUGGACCUUUGAUAUCAGCUAUCUCUGUGGAAUCUGACAGCAUCCCAAGUGAGGGGAAAAGAUCAGUGGGCCUUAUCUUGGGGAUUGUGGUUGCGGCAGUAUCUGGUUUUGUCCUGGUUUUUGCGGUAUUAUGGUGGAAAGGCUGUCUAUGGAGUAAAGACAGAAUGAACCUAGAUCUGAAGGGUCUUGACCUGCACACAGGCUCAUUUACUUUGCGGCAAAUUAGGGCUGCAACUAAUAAUUUCGAUGUUGCUAAUAAGAUUGGGGAAGGUGGCUUUGGUCCUGUUUACAAGGGACUAUUAUUGGACGGAACCUUAAUUGCUGUGAAGCAGCUAUCUUCAAAAUCACAGCAAGGGAACCGUGAGUUUUUGAAUGAGAUAGGCAUGAUUACUGCUCUGCAACACCCACAUCUUGUAAAACUAUAUGGGUGUUGUAUCGAGGGGAAUCAAUUAUUGCUGGUGUAUGAAUACAUGGAAAACAACAGCCUUGCCAGAGCUUUAUUUGGACCAGAUGAACAGCAGAUAGAAUUGGAUUGGGCAACACGAUACAAAAUCUGUGUUGGCAUAGCAAAAGGUUUGGCUUAUCUACAUGAAGAAUCAAGAUUAAAGAUUGUCCAUAGAGAUAUUAAGGCCACAAAUGUACUUCUGGAUAGAGAACUUAAUCCCAAGAUAUCGGACUUUGGCCUGGCUAAACUGGUUGAGGAGGAGAAGACUCAUAUGAGCACCCGAGUUGCAGGAACUUAUGGAUAUAUGGCACCUGAAUACGCAAUGCGAGGUUACCUAACAGAUAAAGCAGAUGUUUAUAGUUUUGGAAUUGUUGCACUGGAAAUUGUCAGCGGGAUGAGCAACACUAGUAGCAGAUCAAAGAAAGAACCUUCAUAUCUUCUUGAUUGGGCACAAGAGCUGAAGGCCGAGGGGAACUUAAAGGAUCUUGUUGAUGAGAGAUUAGGAUCAGAAUACAAUGAAAAAGAGGCAAUGGUGAUUAUAAAUCUCGCUCUUCUGUGCACUAACAUCUCUCCUGUGGUUAGGCCUGCUAUGUCUUCAGUAGUUGGCAUACUGGAAGGCAGAUCUGUCAUGCAAGACUAUUUUUCAGACCGGAGCAUAAGUUCUGGAAGAAAGCAGCCUGCUGACUUUGCAGAUAUACAACAGCAAAGCUAUGUAACAAGCUCCUCUGGGGACUCUCAGUUGAAGGCUGAAUCGACAACCCAUUCAUGGAAUACAGUAUCUUCCACCUCCAGGACUGAUCUCUACCCGAUAAAUUUUGGGAGCAACAACGGAAGUUAGAGAUACAUGCUGUGAUCUUGAGUCACUAUACUGUCUAUACUACCAUAGCAAUGAUUUUUUUUGGUUGUAAAUGUGCAACUCCAGGUUUGAUAUAGAGGGGGGGGGGUGAGUAAAUGUAGGUGAACAUGAUCUUGUUAUUUGAAAGAAACAAGAUGCAAUUUUUUAAUGAAUGUUUGCCUCCAGUGUA